AGCCCGACCUGGAGGCGCAGCUUUGCCGGAGGUCGUGGUCUCUGAUCCAACAAUUAGGUCCUUGAGAUGGCCCAAUAUCCGUACUUACAGGUUGUGACAUACCAUUGGUCUGAAGCAGACAACUCCAUGAUCUGCGCCUCGAUGGGGAAAAGUAACGAGCAGGAUUAUCCAGCUUCUGCCACUGCCUCCAUAUCAACAGGAGCUCUGAAACGAUUACCACUCGAGCUCAUUCAUAACGUCCUAGGCCACCUGGACAUUAGCACGAUCGGGUCUGUCAGGUGUCUGAGCUGGAAUAGCAGACUCAUAGUAGACUUGUUUCCGCCAUACCGAGAUCUUACUAUUUAUGCAUCUUCAGUCCUCCGCGUUCUUUACUCUACACAUCUCGCGUCAGCUUACAGUGUAGGGCAGCUCUACACUGUCCUUACGAACGAUCGAUGCAUAUGCUGCGAAGCUUUCGGACCGUAUCUCUCACUCAUUACAUGUGAACGCUGUUGCUUCUCGUGUCUCUACGACUCAAAGAUGGCUCCAACCACUCUCUCUACCGCUGCUUCUGCAUUUGGUCUCUCCAAGAACGAGAUAGAGAAGAAGAUCCCUGUUGUCACAACACUCCCAGGAAUGUACACUAUCGAGCGCACGGAAAAAAAAAGGAUAUUGAAAGUUGUGAGCGUGAGAAAGGCUUUGGCUCUUGCCCUUGAAAAACAAAACAAAACUCAACCGGUGGGAGAAGACCUCACAAAUCUCGAUGAGAACGCAAAAGACCUUAUAAAACACUACAAUGAUCCCAUCCGUUUUAUGGUCUCGACGCCUAUUCCCUAUCUCAACACCCGAAAUCAUCAUACGGAAUCAGGAGUUUGGUGUCGAGGAUGCGAGUUGGUGUGGUAUAGAAACUCUAGUCGCAAGUGGUCCAGUGAUUGCUACAAGAGAGUGUUAGAUACAGCAUAUCUGGAGGAGGAAUAUCUAUUACAUUUUGAGGAGUGUGAGGCUGCAAAGGAGCUUUGGGGACUCUUUCUACGCGAGGGGAAAGGCUUGGAGCAUUUGCACAGGGGACGACACCGGGAGUGGGCUUCAAGGAAUGUGGAAAGAUGAGUCGUUGUAUAAUCUAGUCUGUUACGAGGUCAAGUCUCUUUUGAUGACCUCGGACUCUGUACAAGAGAUCUGGAAAAUAUCAAAAAUAUAUAUAUCCUGAGACAAUCCAGAUAUAUUAGGG